UUUAACCAUGUAUAGUUUACAAAUUCACGGAUUUGAACUAAAAAUAUAUAUGUGCAGUUGAUGAAUACACUCGGUUUCCAUAAGAACUAUGACAAUUACACUAUGAAGACACAGAAAGAAAUCGAGAUGCAGCAUCGACAUACCAGCAGGUGCACGCUUAGCAAUUUUCAAAGAUUUAUUAUUGUGGCAAUUCUGGGAGCGUUUAUUAUUCUGCUUACUGUUAAUGGGACGGAUAAAUGUAGAGGUCUUUUCUCGUCAACUGCAAAUAUAGAAAAAGCACCUGAAUACACAAUUAAAGCUAGAACCCAGGGUUUUAUAGUUCGCCACACACUGGCAACCACCACGUCACAGAAGCUAAAUAAUGUGUUCAAACAACAUGAAUCAAAGAUUAAAAACGGUAAGAUGCUGGCAACGACCACAACACAGCAGAUUAAUGACGUUUCCAAACUACAAGAAUCAAAAGAACAAAACGAUAGAAAGCUGGCAACAACCACAACACAGCAUUUUAAUGCCGUUUCAAAACUACAAGAAUCGAAAAAACAAAACGGCAAUGGUUUAAAAGUUGACAUGAAUGACCGUAAAAAAACCAAUGAAACGACAAACUGGAUCGAGGCUUUUGAAGAGUUAGCGAGAGAUUUGAGGGAAGACGAUUAUUUUUGCCAAAACAAAGUAGAGAGGGGACAUGUGAAGUUCGAUUGCAAUACCAGUCCAUUUGUAGUACUGAAACCCUGUCUAGUUUAUUCAUUUGGCAUUAACAACCAGUGGAGUUUUGAUGAUGCAAUGGCUAAACUAGGAUGUGAUGUCUUUGCUUUCGAUCCUAGUAUGGGAUAUACAGGUGAACACGUGAGACCAUCUGGUGUCCACUUCUACCCGAUUGGAUUGGGUUCAAAGUCUAUGAAUGACUUUAGUCCACGCAUAGAUGACUACGUCAAAAAACAUCCUGGGAAGAAAUGGAAAAUAAGAACCUUAGGAGACCUCUUGAAGGAGUUAAACCACAGCGAAAGACCUAUUGAUAUGCUGAAAAUUGAUGUAGAAUCAUAUGAAUGGGAAGUCAUUCCAAAUAUAUUACAAAGUGGUUUAGUUCCCCGGAUAAAGCAAAUGAACAUCGAGUUUCACAUUUUUGAGAACACGCCACCAGAAAGAAUUCCACAUUUUCUAACUGUGUACAAAGCGAUGACGAAAGCUGGUUUCAAACAGUUUAAUUGUAUGCCAGUUGUUACUCUCAACAAAAACGAUUUGAAAAACAAGCGCCUUAUCUCCGAGUGUGCUUAUGUAAAUGUUAAUUAUGCGUUUAGGAAAUGAAUAAAGUUGUUCAAUAGAAAAAAAGUUUGAGAGAAAAAAAGCAGGCACACAGGAGAUUUUAACUGAAUACUCAUAUUUUGAUGUGACAUUAACUAAAGAUGCAUAUCUUUACUUUUGUUGACUAGUAUGAUUAUUUGACGUGAUCUAAAGAUACAUAUCGUUACUUAUGUUGAUUAGUAUAACUAAUUAUAGAAUAAUUAAUCGAAGAAUUCAAAUAGAGAAAAAUAUUCAACGAGUGACCGAACAACACAUAGUUGAAUAUUUUUCGAUAUUUGAAUUCUUUGAUUACUUAUUUUUUUUAUUACAUUGGCAAAUGGCUUUUCUUUUUUAAAUUAAAGUAGAACUAUAUCUUUUUCUACGCAUUCACAAUUUGUUUUGAUCCGACGUUAUCGACAACGUCUUGACAACGCCUAUUGUAUAACGUCAGGGGAGUGAAAUAACCACGUUUAUUUCACAUGUGAAAUUAUCGGUUUUUAUUGCACUGGGAAAUCAAUGUAAUUCAUUGCAACCAAUGUAAUAAUGGACGUUAUCCAAAGUUACGUAUCGUUACUUGUGUUGACUGGUAUAAUUCAUGGACGUUAUCUAAACAUGUAUAUCGUUACCUUUGUUGAUUAGUAUAACUAAUGGAUAUUAUCUAAAGAUGCGUAUCGUUACUUUUGUUGACUAGUAUAAGUAAUGGACGUUAUCUAAAGAUGCGUAUCAUUAAGUUUGUUAACAGUAUAAGUUAUGGACGAUAUCUGAAGAUGUGUAUCGUUACUUAUGUUGACAAGUAUAAAUAAUGGAUGUUAUCUAAAGAUGCGUAUCGUUACUUUUGUUGACUAGUAUAAAUUAUGGAUGUUAUCUAAAGAUGCGUAUCGUUACUUUUGUUGACUAGUAUACGUUAUGGACGAUAUCUGAAGAUGCGUAUCAUUACGUUUGUUAACUAGUAUAAAUAAUGGAUGUUAUCUAUAAAGAUGCGUAUCGUUACUUUUGUUGACUAGUAUAAAUAAUGGAUGUUAACUUAAGAUGCGUAUCGUUACUUUUGUUGACUAAAUACUUUGAAAUGUUAUUGGAUGUUAAAAAGUAUAAUGCAGAUUAAACGUAUACAAGAUGAA